AUGGCAGCCAAAAUACUGCAUUCCUGCAACGCUACUGUCAUUCCUGAUCCUUCUCUACUUUUGUUAUUUGGUAAGAAAGACACAAUGGACGGAAAGGAAGCGGAUUCGUUGGUAACCCAAGUUAUCGACUUUGUCGGUAAUUGCGCACGACAUCCGGAAUUCUUUACCGAAGACCGUGCAACUAUGCUUAUUGGACCCCUGACGGAUGAAAUUGUUAACAGUAAACUGCCAGGUCAUGAAAAACGAUGUCAUCAUCUUGCGGAUGCCCUUUAUCGCGUAUCUGAUACGCAUCCAGAUCUCUUCCAGACUGUUCUGGAUAAGAUAUUACUCAAGACCAGAAAUGGAAGAGCUAAGAUCCGAUAUCGAGCAUUGCUCGUAGUGGAAGCCAUUGUCGAUAAAGUGGGCGAUGGGAUCGCACCUCAUCUGCCCAUGGUGAUGCCAUUCCUUAGUGAACUACUCGAAGGUAAAUUUUGACU